AUGUCCGGGAAAAUGGAAGCGACGUUUUACGACGACGCAGUGAGCGCGUCCAACCCUCACCACGACGGGGCGAGGGUGUACGGCUUCAACACGAAAGCCCUCAAACAGUCAAUGACCCUCAAUCUAAACGACCCACGGAACUUUAAACCCCACCUGGGCUCCAAGGCCCUUGACAUUCUCACGUCGCCCGAUGUGGGUCUGCUAAAGCUGGCCUCACCGGAGCUGGAGCGGUUAAUCAUCCAGUCGUGCACGGGCCUGACGACCCCUACCCCAACCCAAUUCGUCUGUCCUAAGAACAUCACCGACGAGCAGGAGGGCUUCGCCGAAGGCUUCGCCAAGGCUCUGGCCGACCUCCACUAUCACCAGAUGAGCAGCGCAGCCCCCCCUGAGGCACCGCAGGCCACCGGCGCGACAUCCGGCCCAUCUGCGUCCGACAUCGGUGACAAUCCGUACAGCUGCACGGUUCGUCCGGAUCCUCCUGAGUACACUAACUUGGGCAAUUUCAACCGACCCGGGUCCACCAGCGCUGGACACCCGCCCUCGUGUUACCCGGCGCCCCCACCGGCUCCCCACGUGGACCAUCAGGCGCAGCAUUCGAGGCUGCGUUCCCUGAAAGAAGAGCCGCAGACGGUGCCUGAGAUGCCCGGGGAGACGCCGCCUCUCUCUCCCAUCGACAUGGAGAGCCAGGAGCGGAUCAAGGCGGAGAGGAAGCGCAUGAGGAAUAGGGUGGCCGCGUCCAAGUGCCGGAAACGGAAGCUGGAGAGGAUAUCUCGUCUGGAGGACAGGGUGAAGAACCUCAAGAGCCAGCACACGGAGUUGGUGUCGUCUGCCAACAUCCUGCGGGACGAGCUGGCCCUGCUCAAGCAAAAGGUCAUGGACCACGUCAACAGCGGCUGUCAGCUCAUCUUGACGCAGCAGCUCCAGGCUUUCUAG